GCGGCCCCGGUGCAGGGCGGGAGGCGGCGGGAGGCGGUGGCGGCGGGGCCAUGGCCUGGUCCCGGUACCAGUUGGGCCUGGCCGCCCUCAUGCUGCUCACCGGCUCCAUCAACACCUUGGCGGCCAAGUGGGCUGAUAACUUCAGCGCGGCCGGCUGCGGCGGGACGGAGGAGCACAGCUUCCAGCACCCCUUCCUGCAGGCCGUGGGCAUGUUCCUGGGUGAAUUUUCCUGCCUGGGGGUGUUUUACCUGCUGGUGUGGAGGGAUCGGCGGAGGCCGGAGCCCAGCAUGGCCCCGUCGCAGCCCUUCAGCCCCCUGCUCUUCCUGCCCCCCGCCCUCUGCGACAUGACUGGGACCAGCAUCAUGUACGUGGCCUUGAACAUGACCAGCGCCUCCAGCUUCCAGAUGCUGCGAGGGUCCGUCAUCAUCUUCACCGGGCUCCUCUCCGUGGCCUUCCUGGGCCGCAGGCUGGAGCUGAGCCAGUGGCUGGGCAUCCUGGUCACCAUCGUGGGGCUGGUGGUGGUGGGGCUGGCUGACCUGCACAGCUCCCACGACCAGAAACACAAGCUCAGCGAGGUCAUAACCGGUGACCUGCUCAUCAUCAUGGCGCAGGUGAUCGUCGCCAUCCAGAUGGUGCUGGAGGAGAAGUUUGUCUACAAGCACGACGUGCACCCGCUGCGGGCCGUCGGCACCGAAGGUUUCUUCGGCUUCAUCAUCCUGGCCCUGCUGAUGGUGCCCAUGUACUACAUCCCGGCGGGCGGCUUCAGCGGGAACCCUCGGCGGACGCUGGAAGACGCCCUCGACGCCUUCUGCCAGAUCGGCCGCCGGCCCCUCAUCGCCCUGGCGCUGCUGGGGAACAUCAGCAGCAUCGCCUUCUUCAACUUCGCCGGCAUCAGCGUCACCAAGGAGAUCAGCGCCACCACCCGCAUGGUGCUGGACAGCCUCCGCACCCUCGUCAUCUGGGCCGUCAGCUUGGCCGUGGGCUGGGAGACCUUCCACGGCCUGGAGAUCUUGGGCUUUGGGGUGCUGCUGACGGGUGCCGCUCUUUACAACGGCCUGCACCGGCCCCUGCUCGCCCUCCUGCCCCGGCAGCGGGAGGAGAGCGGCGGGGCGGCCGAACGGGAGGCUUUGCUGCGCGGGGAGAGCACGGCCAUCAACAACGGCGAGAGCUGAGCGCCGCCCCCCGCCCCGCCACGCUGUCCCCGUGUCCCGCUUGGCCCCCCGGGGUUUAUAUCCCCGGAUCCUGCCCUCCUCGGGAGGGGAUGGGGACGGUGCCAUCGGUCACCGUCCUGCUGGAAAAUCCUCUCCCCUGCCCCGCCGCCGGAGGGGAUGGCGAGGCUGUGCCUGCCCUUCCCCAUGGGGAACGGCCCCCCCGCAGCCGGCUGCUGGAGCCGGGGGGAGAAAUGGCAGCUUCUGCCCCUGUUCCCAAGGGGCUGCGGGGGGGGGGGAUGGUGUGGGGUGGGGCUGGGGCUGGCCCCCCUGCUCCCCGACCCGCGUCUCCCCCCAAUAAAGCACAUCUGCCCCCGGCGCGCUCCCUGGGUGUCUGUGCCGGUC